GGACACCGACCUGUCUGAUGAGGAUCCAGCUGGGACAGACCGCACCCAUCCUCUCUGCAGUGCUGGCACCGUCCCAGGCGGCUCACUGAGUAACAGGAUGCCUGGUCUGUAUGAUACCUCUUCCUGGGUGCAGCUCCCACUUGAGACUUCAUGUGUAAAUGCCUGCGCCAAUGGGUUUAGUCUGGGACUCAGUGCGCAGUUGACCUACUUGAACCCCUGUAAUGACACAGUACAAGCCAUGUUUAUAUACCUCCUGGAGGAGGGGGAGGUUGUCACAAGUUUUGAGGCAGUGACUGGAAACAGGAAAGUUCAAGCUCAAGUCCAAAAUCAAAUACGAAUGGAGGAAUGCUGUUCUAGUUGUCACUGGGAAUCACUACCUUGUUAUUGCUCCAGUGGACACCUUGUUUUAGACCCAGAUACAGCACACAGUGUGUUUGUGCUCACUGUGGGAUCUGUACUUCCCUCCGCAGUAGUCAGUGUGACUCUGCAAAGUAGCAAAGAAUUGCAGACACUUUCAGGAGGAGCUGUACGUGUGACCCUCAACUCAACACUUACCCCCAUGGCGCCAACUCCUGGAGAUCCCAGCGAUCGUGGGGAUGGUCUGUGUGACGACAGUUCUGCCAGUUGUUUUGGUGGUGUGAGCGGCACAGGGGUUAGUCCUUGGAUGUUACUAGCAGAUUCUCCACCCCAGACCCUGACUUCCAUGCAUCCUAAUUCCCUUUCUGCUGCCCUAACUGGCAUGGCCACCAAUCCACAGCGUUACCAUUUCAGCUUUCGCCUACAGGUCCAGGGACCAUGUCUUUUGGCAGGUAUAGAGAGUCCAUCCCAUGCUCUUCGGGCUGAUGCAAGUCCUUUUGCGGUCUCCGCCUCCUCCGUUUGGAUUAGCCUGGCUGAAGAGUAUAAUUGUGACCGUGCUCUAGAAAUUAUUCUGCACCCCAGUGAACCACAUCUGCCUCAUCUGUGUCUUGAGAAGGGAAACAAGACUUUCCAACAGUAUGAGACGCAUAUAAAAGAAAGGAAAGAUUUUAUUAAGGGGAUGAAGAAAUCUAGUGAUCCCGAAAGACAGGUCAACUUUGUACGGAGGAGGUUUCACAAAGAUCUUCAUCUGAAUCCAGUCCUGAUGUUGAACUUUUGUCCGGACAUUACUGCUCUCAGUUCUCUCAGCUCCAAUCUUCCAACGGUUACCCGUGAAGUUAUUUUCCUAGUCCAUCUGAUGGAAGAACCAUGCCAUAAUAUACGGGAUGCCCUUCUACUGGCCGUGAGAAGUUUACCUGCACGCACACUGCUGAAUGUGGCUGGUGGCACGUGUGACAGCAGGGCCCUGUUUCCAACCAGCAGGCAGUGCAGUAACGAUUCGUUGGAGAUGGCAUGUGAAUUUUUCCAAAGCAACAAGAUGUGUGGGAUGUCCAGCAAUUUUCCCUCUGUGUUGGGUCGAAUAUUAGCACAUCCAGUGCAUCGUGGGUACCCACGGCAAGUGUUCAUCAUAACAGACACCGGAUUUACUCAUUCCAGCAGAAUUCUCGAGCUUUUAAGACGUCAUGCAAGAACUACGCGGGUGUUCGGUUUUGGUCUUGGUUCAAAUGUGAAUCCCAAUAUACUUGAGAAAGCAGCCAAGUUAACCAGGGGAACUGUAGAGCUGCUUUCUGAGGGACAAAGGUUGCAGCCCAAGCUGGUUAAAUCCUUAAAGAAGGCUCUGGAGCCAGCUUUGAGUGACAUCACUAUUGACUGGUACAUGCCAGAAACCAUGGAGGCUCUGCUCACCCCCAAUGACAUUGCUCCACUCUAUCCUGGUGACUCACUUAUUAGCUACUGCACAUUAUAUAACACUGCCAGCUUCAGAAGCAAGAAGGGACCAACACGCGUGGCCAGAGGAGGGUCCCUUAGUUCUGUUUUUCAGUCUCAGGAAGAAUCUCAAACUACAGGUACUACAGACACAAGUUACCUGAAUCCAUCUGGCAUGGAAGAAGUGGAACGUGCUUUACAGGAAAUUUCACAUGAAAUCUCGAUGGAGUUCUCUGCAUGGAGUGAAGAUCCAGAAAGAACAGAAAGCAUUGGCGGAGAUGGAGCUCAAGUAAGUGACAUAAGGAAGCGUAUUGUACGUUCCUCUUAUGUACAGGAAACAGUAUAUGCUCCACUCAUUGUUUCUGUUAGCACCGAGCCAACUCAAGCACCAACACAACCUUCCACAUGCGGUGACCACACUCGUGCAACUAGCCAUGGGUCUACCAGCAGUGAGUCAGUAGGUUCCAGGGAAACUGUUUCCGGAGACCUGUAUAAUGCCAUGCUAAAGAAAGUCUCUCAACAAGGCAAAAAGACCACUCCCUCUUGUAAGGCUAAAGUAACACAGAGCACAGAGGAGCUGAUCCAAAGAAAAGCCCUGAUUCAAGCCACCAUGUCUGGCCGCAGUUUCUCCUCCCCUCAUGGAGAGCUGGAUAUGCUUCGAUUACGCACUGUCUUGGACAAAGUAUCACAGGGCCAGGAACUGGAAAUAUUGACAGGUCAGCUCCCGUCUACUGCACAACUGGACUGGGACAUGCUGGUGGAUGAACAGUAUCUUUUCUCUGCAUCUCCUGCUGCAGCAAAUAUGGGGUCUGGGGUCAGCAGUGAAUCUGGUUGGCAGUGCCGGGCUGUAAUCCAUGGCUACAUUGGAAGCAGCAACCACUCUUGGGAAACAUCAAUAUGCCUGGAGCCACUUCUGACUUGUGCUGGAGAGGAUUUUGGAAACGGUACUGAGUAUGAAAAGUGUUAUGACUUGCACCAGUUGGCUGCACGUUCUGUGAUUCGAGACAAUGAGGAUAUGACCUGGAGAGAGUGUGACAUUGAACAUGGUUCUUCUCGACGAUUCCGUCUGAAGGCUAUGCAGACCAGCAAGUCUUGUUCACAAGUGUCAUUGUUUACUUGCCAUAUGCCCGUAGAUCCAGAUACCCAGGAUGCACUUCCUGGCCACAUGAUUGUUCGUAGAGGUGGGCGCAGUAGAAGGUGUGGUAGCUCAAACUCUGGGAGCUGGAGUAUGGCAGAUAACAGAUAUUCAGAAUUCAUGGAGGACACAUUUGAAAAUGCAGCCAGAUCCCCAGUUCUACCAUCUUCCCCACCAAGAAUAUACUCUGAAAAUGGCUUUGAGAAAACUGCAUGCCAAGAAGGGCAAAUUAUUAGCCCACUUACGUCACAGAAAUUGUCGGAUAGCUGCCUAAACACAAGGGUUAAUGCUGGUAAAAGGAAAAUCCGCAGUUUGUCUGGAAAACUAUCCCCCUUGAAACCCUGUUUAACUGGAGAUAAAGAGCCAAAAUCUGAACUUGUGGUUCAGGACUAUCUACCCCUGAUUAAAUUGCAGUCUCCUGAGGGUUUUUUCAACUUAAACAGCUGCUUUUCCAGUGUUGUUCAGAUCUCACUUCAGCGUUUACUCCGCGCUUCCCCAUUCACCUGUCAUCAUGGAAGCCUCAGUCCAGUGUCUGAGCCUUGCCCAAUAGAGCAUGGGGACUUAAUCGGAGAAUCACAAACUUGCAAAGGAGGAUCUCAACCACAGGUUCCAAUGAUAAAGGAUACUUCUCCUCUGCCUGUCUAUGCCACAUCUUGUCCUGAAGCUCUUUGCCAUCAAGCAGACAGUGGGCGAGGAUCAGAGACAGAUCCAUGUGACACUUCACCAUGUCCUUCAGAGACUGGCAAUGAAUUGGAUACAGAUCUUGAAGGAUGUUCUUGGGCCACUGCCGUAGCGCUAGCAUGGCUUGAGCAUCGUUGCGCUGGCUACUUUAUAGAAUGGGAGCUUCUGGCAGCAAAGGCAGAGGGUUGGCUACGCGCACAGACCCUUCCUGGUGGUCUACAGUUGCUUGCUUUAAAAGGGGCUGCUCGACAGCUUUUCUUACUUCUCCGUCACUGGGAUGAAAACCUCAACUUAAAUAUUCUCUGUUAUAAGCCAGGUGAUGUGUGAAGUGAUCAACUUGGUGUCUUAAAGGCAAUGACCAAAGCUGGCUACUGCCUUAUACUGAGGACAUACAGGAUGAAUGAUACCAGAAAG